GCUUGCAUCAGCCGUCCUUUAGACCCAUUCCUACUUCUUCAAUCCUUCUUUCUUUCAUCAAUUUACCCACCGACAGACGCAUCUUUGCCCAGCCAUGUCUUUCGAUCGCUUAGACUCAUUAGAAUCGCAGCCUACAACGUUGCGCCGCUCUGAUGAUCCGCAUUAUCGUGAUGACCCUGAGUUUGACCGCCUGACCGAGAGUCUCUCCAACCGCCUCUUUACCCUGACCUCAAACAUCACCCGCUUAUCAGAUCAGAUUGCUCUUCUGGGUACACGACGGGAUACUGAGCGUGUGCGUGAACGAGUCCACAAUCUCUUGGAACAGACUCGUGUAGGCUUCAAGGAUGUAGGGGAGGGGAUCAAGAAAGUGACCACCUGGGAAGACGUCAAUCCUUCCCAGAAAUGGACGCAACAGAAGCUCUCCUCCGAAUUCAGAGCUACAUUGGAGGAAUUCCAAACCGUUCAACGCCGUGCGCUGGAAAAGCAGCGAGCAUCCGCCGUGGCCGCCCGUACAGCCGUGGAAGACGGCGAGCAUGCGACCGAGGAUGGCGUUCAACAACAGCAAGAGCAGCUCCUUGAGGAACAGCCUCGUCUGGCGAAUCAAGAUGAAGUGGACUUCCAAGAGUCUUUGAUCAUCGAGCGGGAGGCGGAAAUUCGCAAUAUUGAGCAAAGCGUUGGCGAGCUGAAUGAGCUCUUCCGCGAUGUGGCCCAUAUUGUCCAUGAACAAGGAGGUCAGCUCGAUAUCAUCAGUGAAAAUGUGGAGAGAGUCGGGGAUGACACUCGUGGUGCGAAUGUUGAGCUACGCAGCGCAAGCCGAUACCAGAAGAAUGCGCGAAACAAAGCCUGCUGUCUUCUGGUCAUCCUAGCAGUGAUCUUGUUGAUCAUAGUACUUGCCGCAGUGCUGGGGUGAAUCUUGCUGGUUCCCGUCGCUUAUCUAUGAACUGCGAUAUCUAUUGUUGGUUGAUCCAACUUCGGCCGCAAUGUUUCCCUGUUUUGACGAUAUCCUUUGAUGUACGAUUCAUAUGACCUGCGUAUGCUUCCACCCGUUUUGCAGGCACCUUGUCGUCUUCACCCAUGACUUCUUUAAUGAUGACCGGCGCAUAUGGAGCAGAGGAUGUUUUAUCGAUCCACAAUGGUCGUGUUGCCUUUCUAUGCCUUAUAUCAUACAUAACUUCUGUUAUACAUGGAUUGUACACUGGAAUGAAUAUAUCCAAGACCCGUACCCAGAAC